AGUUUAUUCCGGGCGAUUCAAACCGUUACGUACAUACUGAGGUUUCUUAAACUACGUUUCGAAUUUCCUAAAACUCACAGGAAUAUUAGCGAAGCAAGAAUUUGUUUAAAGGGAAAUAACGGUUUUAAAUUUUCAUUAUUACCAUUGUUUAUUAGUUUUUUUUUAUAUAAAUCAGUAUAAUAACUUGUCAACUUUAAAAAUUCAUGUGACUUUCGUGGAUGAUAUAAAUAAAUAGCUUUCCAUGAACGUUAGUCAUGAGUUGAAGUUUCUUCUUCGAAAAAGACCAAACGGGACGUUAUGACUAUAUUUUGAAAUGUGAAUCUUGUGUUUUGACAAUAUAGUGAUGGUCGAAACGAUUCUGAAUACCCAAUGGGGUGUUUUAAUUUUCAUUUUACUUGGAUGUACUAGAACGUUGUAUGGGUUUCAAGAGGAUUGGAUGUUAGCGAAAAUUCCAAACGAACCAAAUUUUGUGGAAUCUAUACAAAACGUGACAAUCGCAGUUGGACGGGAGGCUGUUUUGGUGUGUAGCGUGAAGCAUUUGGGAAAGUAUAAAGUCGCCUGGGUGAGGGCCGAAGAUCAGACUAUUCUCAGCCUUCAUACAAGAGUCGUAACUCAUAACAACCGCGUUAGUGUAACUCACGAUGAUGCGGAAACGUGGAAACUGCGCAUAAGGCCCGUCAAGGAAUCAGAUAGAGGCUGUUAUCUCUGUCAGAUAAACACUCAGAUACUCAAAUCGCAGAAGGGAUGUCUCGACGUGUUUGUUCCACCCGAUAUUUUGAACGAAGACACGAGCGGGGAUAUGUCAAUAUCUGAAGGCGAUAACACAACGUUAAUAUGCAAAGCAGCUGGACAUCCUACUCCUCGGAUAACAUGGAGAAGAGAAGAUGGCCAUCCGAUCCUCAUCAGAAAGAAUCUGAGAGAAUAUUUCAAAACGGAAAUAUAUAACGGCUCUGGUUUACAUUUUUGGAGACUGGAUCGUCGACAAAUGGGGGCUUAUUUGUGCAUAGCCAGCAACGAUAUACCGCCGGCUGUCAGUAAAAGAAUAUCUUUGAGCGUCAACUUCGCUCCUGUAAUUAAAGUACCGAAUCAAUUACUUGGAGCUCCAGUUGCUACAGACGUUCAACUUGAAUGUUACGUCGAAGCCUAUCCAAACACAGUCAAUUAUUGGAUUAAAAAUAGGGGAGAAAUGCUACUAAAUGGAUCUAAAUAUUCGAUAAAAGAAGAAAGAAGCGGCUACAAAGUUUUUAUGUGGUUAGUGAUAAGAUCUUUUUCAUCUAGCGACAGCGGAACUUACAAUUGCGUCUCGACAAACUCUUUAGGAAAAGCAGAAGGAACUUUGAGGUUAUAUGAAAUAAAAGUUGGUCCAGAUCACCAUCACAAUAACGUCAUUGUUGGAGGUUUUGCAGAACCAGCUAGAGGUCAUCGUUCUAGCGUAGCAAUCUCAACGUCUUUAGCAAAUCCGUGUAUAUUGGUGGUGUCUUCGAUCAUCGCCGAAUUAAUAUGGAGGUGACAGCAUUAAGAACUCAAAAUAACUCAAAAACCGACGUGAUACGAGGACGUUACAAUACUUCUUAGGAACGUAUAUAAAAAUUUUGUGUAUAAAAUUUGAAUUUGAAUAAAAAAUGUGUGGUAGGUGUCGAAUUUCCUACUGUCAAUUAAAAAUACCCCUUUUAUAAUAAAAAAAAUGGAUAAUUUUGUUGUUUAGUGUGAGUAAUGGUGUAGCUUUUUCAAUUUUUGGCGGUUAAAAAGGUUAAAUAAAAAUUGAAAACUUAAAAUGCAGUGUAGACUGAAAAAAAUAAAGUUUUUUCCAUUAUUAAUAGAGAAAAUUAUUCUAAAAAUUUCAUCUAAUAUCAUUUAUGUCCGCUACAAAUUGUGAAUGUGGUCAAGAAACUUCAUUUAUUGUUAUGGACAUCAUUUCCACAUUCAUAACUAUACCUGUCAAAGAAUAGAUCUGACAGAUAACAGUUACUCAAUGUAAAUUCUCACUAUUAUAUUUUUUCUAUGUUCAAGACGAUUCAGUACGUAAAUUGCUGUUUACCUACUAGCACCAAGGCAAUUUAUAUUUUAAAAGAAAUAGUUGAGGUUAUGUUGUAUAUAAAUGUUAAAUAAUUAGAAAUUUAAUUUUGUUUUUAAACAUUUUUUUACAUACUUGAUGAGUAUUUUUCUCGUAAUGUUAUAUUUAUUUAAAAAUAAAAGCGCUCAACUUUACCUAAUAAUAUAAUUAUCACCUAAUAUCAAAUUGGAAAUUUAUUAACAUAUCUAUAUAUGUGGAUAUAAUGUAAUUUGAAACAUAUCUUCUCUUGUUCAAUGUCUAAUAACCAAUUUUCUUUCCCUCUGCUAUAAAAAAUUAUCUUCAUAUAGUCAAUUCUUUUGUUAUAAAAAUUAUUCGUUUUUUGUAAUUAUUAAAAUAAAAAAAUCGUAAACUAGAAUAUUGAAUGCAUUAUGUAUAUAUUGAGCUUUUAAUACAGUGUGAUUUUGAAAAUGGUAAACUAAAUUACGUUCACCUGAUAUAUAGCAUCAUUAUUAUGUGCAAAAUGAUUCAAGUAUCUGUACAUGUACAUAAAAUUAAUUUAUAAUGACACUGAUUCAAAUUUCUAUUGUAUUUAAAAAAUUUUUCGGUAGAAGAUUUUUGGUUUCACCCUAGUUUGUGAUAGUGGGUUGAUGCAAGCCUUAAAGGGAUUAGUAAAAGGAUGUAAUUUUGAACCUAUUUAAGCUUACUUUCUAUUAAACCUUGAAAGUCCAGGGAAGAUAGGAAGCAUAUCAGAAAAAUUGGUAAGUUCUAGAUAUCGAGAUUCUAGAUUCAAAAUUGGAUCAUUAUUUGGCAUUGUGGUCAUUAAAAAUCGAAAAAUUAAUAUUUGCAAUAUUUUUAUACAUUUUGUUAAUUUUUUCGUCGCUUUCAAUAUCAAAAUGAGAAGUUUGAAAAUCAAAAUUCCAACAUUUUUUUAGCCAAUGCAACAACUAUAAAUUCCCCAAUUUGUCUCUGAAAAUUUUGGAAUUUACAUACAAAAACGAAUCAUUUGAAUAAAAAAGCAAUUUAAGAUUAUGAUUUAAAACUUUUUUACAAAAAAAAUUAAAAAAAAUUGAUGUUAGGAUUUCUUCUCUUUAUGCGCAAAACUUCAAUUGCUUAUUUUUUCCAAAUUUUUCUCUUUUAUAUGUACUUUCCAAAAAAAAUACAUUCUUCAAUGAAUUUCAAAUGCAGUUUUUGGUAAGGAAAUCGAAACAUUUAUGGUCAAAAAAGUGUUGAAAUUAUCACAAAUGCACCAAAAAAAUGAACAAAAGAAAAAACAGCAUCAAAAAUAUCAUUUUUUUAUGACCAAAAAAAAAUAGGAUGAACUCCAAAAUUGUGUCAUCAGUCAGCUUGUAUAUUUCAAUUACUUAAAAAAAAUUGUAGUUAUUUGAAUCAUGUAAUACGAAGUUUAUAAGUAGUAAUAUUUUAUAAAUACGUAAUUAUAGUUGUUAAAUUCUAGAUUUCGGAAAGACUGGAUCUACUAAAAUUAUUUUUGUAAAUGUGAGUCAACUGUUGUUUAUAAUUAUUUGUAAAAAUCAAUUUAAACGAAAAUUUUAUUAACAUUCAAUUAUAUUUAAGUCGUAAGUAUUAAGAUUAAAGUUGUGCCAAAUCAAAUGAAGGUGAAUACAUGUAUAAAUAAAGUUAUGAAUGUAA